GAAAGAACAUCCCAGCGGCGAUGAAGUCAUCAUACUCGUUGAUCAGUCCUCAUGGAAUAUACUACUAAGUGGUUUUCCAUACAAAGAUUCCGGGCAUGCUGCGUGUAAAAUCAUUCGUCUAGCCGUAUGCUCGACUGGAUAGGACGCAGCACCCUUGGCUUAUUUCCAGAAACAAGCAUGAAAUUUCCUGUAUAUUUCGCUACUUGGUAUGCUAUUCACCUCAGUGGCCCAUUAGAUAUAGGCGCAAUUGGGAGGAGGUGCCAGGUAUGAUCAAGACAUUGUCCCGUAUUGUGACGCCCGAGCUGGUGGUCGCGGGACAAGGAAUGCCUAUUGAGCUACCAUGGUAGAACAAAGCAGUCAGCCUACUUGAGAUAUCUAUUUUGACAGCUUCUCUAGCAAUUGCAGCUACUCAUGCUUGGCAUACUGAAAUUAUGGGCGCCUCCACAGUUGCAAACAUGACAACACGGCAGAGUGGGCCGGUGGAUGAGACCUCCGGCUAUCGUCGCCCUAUGAGUAACGUCGCCGCUUGCAACAAGAGCCCGGAGACUACUGUACUCACACGACCAAUCCGACUGUAGCCACCCCGAGCUCGUUAUCAACCGGCUUUAUCUUCGCCCCCUCCUUUCGUGAUCCCCUUUCCCCUCGCGAGGAUUAUCAGCCUUUGGUGCGAGAGCUCGAUCCCUCUUCCCUUCGGCGCGCAUUUUCUCCGCACACUUUGUGUCGGCGUCCAUGCUCUUCUCCCGCUCCAUACGCCUGCCUCGGACACCCUUGCGAUCGCUGAGUCCCCUCCUACCCUCUAGGUUCUUUUCCAAUUCUCGGCCUCGACUUAUUAUCGAUAUGGGGACCGUGGAUACUACAACCCGCCUGUCGCAGCUGCGACAGCUGAUGAAGGAGCACAAUGUGGAUGUUUACAUCGUUCCUUCCGAGGAUAGCCACCAGUCCGAGUACAUUGCGCCCUGUGACGGCCGCCGAGAAUUCAUUUCCGGCUUCUCUGGCUCUGCCGGUACUGCGAUCAUCUCUCUGAGCAAAGCUGCCCUCUCCACCGACGGACGCUACUUCAACCAGGCUGCGAAACAGCUGGAUAGCAAUUGGCACCUCUUGAAGCGGGGCAUUGAGGGUGUCCCCACGUGGCAGGAAUGGACAACGGAGCAGGCGCAGGGUGGUAAGACCGUUGGUGUUGACCCUUCUUUGAUCACGGCCUCUGGUGCGCGCAAGCUCGCAGAGACCCUCGAAAAGAACGGUUCCUCGUUGGUGGGAAUUCAACAAAACUUGGUCGAUCUGGUCUGGGGCAAGGACCGCCCCUCGCGGCCACGUGAGAAGGUGCGCGCGCACCCGGUACAGUAUGCUGGCAAGUCGUUCCAGGAGAAGGUGGCAGACCUGCGAAAGGAACUGGAGACGAAGAAAAAGGCCGGAUUUGUUAUUUCCAUGCUCGACGAGAUUGCAUGGCUAUUCAACCUCAGAGGAAGCGACAUCCCCUAUAACCCUGUCUUCUUCUCAUAUGCUAUCAUCACUCCCACUACUGCCGAGCUUUACGUCGAGGCGGACAAGCUCACCCCCGAAGUGAACGCUCAUUUGGGACAAGACGUAAUUGUCAAGCCAUACGAUUCCAUCUUCGCCGACGCCAAGGCUCUUAGCACGGCGCGCAGUCAGGCGACUGAUGAGGCGCCCAAGAAAUUCCUGCUGUCUAACAGGGCCUCCUGGGCCCUGAGCCUCAAUCUUGGUGGAGAGGAACGGGUGGAGGAGACCCGCAGCCCCAUUGGUGAUGCUAAGGCUGUAAAGAAUGAGACCGAGCUCGAGGGAAUGCGCGCAUGUCAUAUCCGUGAUGGCGCUGCCUUGACCGAGUACUUUGCUUGGCUCGAAAACGAGCUCGUCAACAAGAAGACUGUCCUGGAUGAAGUCGAUGCUGCCGACAAGCUUGAGCAGAUUCGCACCAAGCACGAUCUCUUUGCCGGUCUGUCAUUCGAUACCAUCUCCUCUACCGGCCCCAAUGGUGCAGUGAUUCACUACAAGCCCGAGAAGGGAAGCUGCUCAAUCAUUGAUCCCACCGCCAUCUAUCUUUGCGACUCUGGCUGCCAGUACCUGGAUGGAACCACUGACACCACCCGCACAUUCCACUUUGGCCAGCCUACCGAGUUCGAGAAGCAGGCAUUCACAUUGGUCCUGAAGGGUCUCAUUGCCAUCGAUACUGCCGUGUUCCCCAAGGGCACUAGUGGCUUCGCUAUCGAUGUUCUUGCCCGUCAGUUCCUGUGGAAGGAAGGCCUGGAUUACCUUCACGGUACUGGUCACGGAGUUGGCUCCUACCUGAAUGUCCACGAGGGCCCCAUGGGCAUUGGUACCCGCGUUCAGUACACCGAAGUUCCCAUUGCUGCUGGAAAUGUGCUUUCGGAUGAACCCGGUUACUACGAGGACGGCAAGUUCGGCAUUCGCAUUGAGAACAUCAUUUUGGCUCGUGAGGUCAAGACCGCCCACAAGUUUGGUGACAAGCAGUGGCUUGGCUUUGAGCACGUUACUAUGACCCCUAUUGGUCGCAACCUCAUCGAGCCAUCUCUGUUGAGUGAUUCCGAGCUCAAGUGGGUGAACGACUACCACACCGAGGUCUGGGAUAAGACUCACCACUUCUUCAAGGAGGAUGAGUUGUCUCGGAAGUGGCUUGAGCGUGAGACCCAACCCAUCUCAAAAUAGAGUACAGUCUGCGGUCCCGUUGAUACAUAAGGUAGAGGCGGUAAAUAAGAUAUCCCACUGGCGUGGAGGAUAAGAUCACCUUGUCUAUUCAUUUUGGAUACCUUGAUAUACAAAAAUUCAUAUCUUUUGAAAAGGGAAUCUGUCUUAUUUCGAAGAUCUUUUCAUGAACCAUUAGUCUGCUCUAUAGCUUGAUGAUACGUUUUGGCCGGUGCUUGGGAACCCGAAACGCACAUCAGCAUGGGGCCCUCUGAGUGGGGUAUGAUAAACUUCAUAAGAGUAUUCCGAAGAUAAG